CCAACUCUGAGGACAGUAGACGUGCGCGCGUUCACAAAAUGGAUUUCACUGGAAAAGUUGUCGUCGUGACGGGAAGCAGCUCUGGUAUAGGUGCGGCUACUGCGAAAUUGUUUGCAGAACACGGAGCACUGCUGACUAUAGUCGGCAGGAAUGAAACGAGACUGCUAUCUGUGGCAGAUGUCUGCGAACAGGCUAAAGGAAAUAGACCGUUAUGUCUGCUAUUAGACUUGACUCAAGAAAACAGUUGCGAGGAAGUUAUAAGGAAAACGGCUGAGAUGUACAAACGGAUCGAUGUGGUGGUCAAUUGCGCUGGUUCAGCAACAGUGACUUCUCUAUUCGAUACCACGAUGGAUGUUUUCGAUGAAUUAAUAGCUCUGAAUUUACGAGUCCCGUACAGACUUACUCAACUAUGUUUGCCGUAUCUGAAAAUUACUAAAGGCAGUAUUAUCAAUGUAUACGGUGCUCCAUUGAGGACCAGACCCGGCUUUUUAGCCGUAGCCAUGAUCAGGGAUGCUCUCGAGAGAUUCACGAAGUCUGGAGCAGUAGAGUUGGCAUCGGAAGGUAUACGAAUGAAUGCUGUACGCCCGGGGAUUACCAGGACAAAUUUUUUGGAGAAUUUAAACGUGGAUCACGAAGCAAUGGAUCGGGCCUACGCAGCUAUUUCGUCGCUAGUGCCCAAUCAAGUUAUAAUAGAACCGGAUGAAAUAGCCAGAAUGAUUCUGUUCACUGCAAGCGACGUGUGUCCCAAUCUAAACGCCGCUAGUUUGAUAGUUGAUGCAGCGUCAUCUAGUUAUUGAUGAUGAUGAUGAUGAUUUCAUAUUUAUAUAUUGAUGGUAAACAUCAUUGGAGUAUGCGAUGAAGAUAUAAGACUGUUUAGUGUAUAAGUUGGUUUUGUUUUUGUAUAUUUUAAUAAAGGAAGUAUUAAAUGACA